AUGUCAGGAACGAUUGAGCAGCUCAAGGAGCUCAAGGAGCUGCUCGAUCAAGGCGUGCUGACGCAGGAGGAGUUCGAUGCUCAGAAGAAGGAGAUCCUCGAGAAGCCCAAGACUACCCAGGUUGCACCGGAGCCGGCGAUUGUCGCACAGCCGGCGACGAUGCAGCCCGGCAUGAUGCAGCCCGGUAUGAUGCAGCCCGGUAUGAUGCAGCCCGGCAUGAUGCAGCCCGGUAUGAUGCAGCCCGGUAUGAUGCAGCCCGGUAUGAUGCAGUGCAAUGCCGCCGGCCAGAUGGUGGACGCAUCUGGCAACAUUGUCGUCAUGGACGGAGGUGGGCGCGUGUGGUCCGCACCUUAUUCCAAAAUUAUGGCCGACGAGUUCGACGGAUGUUACUGCUCGUGGGGUCUGGUUCCGCUUUGGUCAGCUGCGAAGAUCAUUUCUCAAGGGGAGGACGCGUACACCGAGUCCGGCGUCUUUAUGUUUUGGGGUAUUUGGCCCUACUGGUUCAAGUAUCUCCGUAUCGCAAACACGAACACCUUCAAAAGGGAAAGGGGUCAUCACACACAGAAAUGGUCAAAGUCUAAAAAGGGAGCAAUCAAGGUGGUCGACAACUGCCCUACCCUCUGCUGCAUGCACAAGUGCUAGGUAUCGAUCCCGCUGAUGCAAGCCACGGUCAAGCGGAGAGGCGCGCGUGGAGUAGGUUUCCCCCUCCCUUUCUCCUAUCCUUUUCUCACUACAUUCAAGCGUAAUCAUGAUAA